AUACUCUUCAGAUUAAGAAUUAUGAGCCUCUAUCAUCAGGCUCUUCCCGUCACCUUAGAAGCUUUAUGUUCCUUACCUAACCUGACUAACCUGACACUCUAUGGAGAUCAUUGCCAGGAGGAGUUCUAUUCUCCUCUCAAUGCAAAGGCAUCAACCUUUAAGGUCCGUACUCUUGAGAUUAGGAAUUACGACCUUCUAUCAGCAGCCUCUUCACAUCACCUGGUAGAAGCUCUAUGCUCCCUACCCAAGCUGACUAGCCUGAUACUAUAUGGAGAUGGUUACCGGGAAGAGUUCUAUUCCAUUCUGAAUGAAAAGGCAUCAACUUUAAAGGUCAAAACCCUGUUUCUGGAUUUAUGUAACCUUUCAACAACUUCAUCCAGCAACUUAGCAGAGGCACUUUGUACUAUGCCCAUUCUGUCUGACCUGACAUACGAAAUUUCAGAUAAAGAAUUCUACUCUGCAUUGAAAGAAAAGGCAUCAUACAUACAGGUAAGAUAUUAUCUUUGGCCGUAAUCAUAACAAAUUUGUAUCAAAUCAUUAUAUAAUUUGAUUCGCAUAGUAUAUUUCCCCCCUAUUUUUCACUGCAACAUUGAUUUUAUGAUAUACACAAGGUAAUGCUUUGAUACUGUAUUCUUGAGAGCCACCAUUAUUCAGUUGGGUUUUUGAUAGUUUUGUGGGAUCGCUUUUUUCCUGGUAUAUUGGCAUGAAAAUCAGAAAGGUCAUGUAUUAAAUUAUGUUAUAUUGUUUACGUGUUGAACAAAGCCAUGGCGAAAAACCUUUGUCUGAGGAGAUUAUUCCGGUUUGCAACCCCAUUCCACUAUUUGGAGGCCGAAUAUGAAAGAAAAGAGGGGGAAGAAAAGAUUAGAGGAGGAAGACAAGUGGAUGAAGAUGGUGUUGUUUAUCCAGCGCCCUCCCCCUGGAAUAUGUUUCAUGUUCAUGAUUACGAAAUGUCCCGUUCUCAGGUCAAUAUAUCCAAAAGAUGUCCACAAAUUUCAGCUCCCGCUUCGUGUUCCCAUUAUUUUUAGUGAGAUAAGUAUAAUAAAAUAUUUAUAUACAUGCAACAUUUCCUUAAAAUCAUCACUUUUCAGGUCAUCCAAAACCUACAACAUGCACUUUGUGCUCGCAUUAUACAUUUAGUGAGAUACGUAUUGUGUUCAUGAAUUUCAAAUCCUACUGUAUCACUUUCAAAUUCCACGACAGGCCUGUAUUCCUGCAUCAAUUACGUUUCAAAUUAAAAAAUGGAUUUUAUGAGAAUAGGAAAUAAAUUAGCACAGUAUUUUUUCAAGGUUUAUUUUAUUCUUUCAGGGUUCUUUCCCUCAGAUCAGCAAAGGAAAUUUCAAGUGCAAUGGACAUCCUCAGAAGGAUCUUCAUUCAUUCAUACAAACACUCACUGAAACUACAACUAUCACUGAAGGUGAUUAAAGAGAAAUGCCAGUAGUUGCAGUAAACACUGAUUCAUGAGAAAGUCUGUAAAACCAGGCUUAAUUGUCAGUAUAUCAUCGAGGAUCUAGAUCUGGUACCGUUACAUAAACUGAACUUUGUGAAAUCUUGAAAUCUACGCUGAAAAUGUUCACACUGAAGAUCACCAACACAGAUAGGCACACGUGGGACAGUGUAUUAUUAUUGCUGGAAUAAAGACCCGACGGAAGUGACCGAAUCCGCGCUUAUUUUGCUUAUUUCUCAGCAAUUACACAAUUUCUUCCAAAAUCCUUUGGCACAUAUUUUUUAUUCAUACAAACAGACACUUGGGUGGCCAUUAUAUUAGAUUCUGUAAAAAGUCAUUUUGAGAUCGUUACCAGAACUGGAAUUUAUCUUUAAAAUGGCAACAGUUUCUAACACACGGAAAACAUAUUUCUUGCCCUUUUUUAUCACAAGACCAAUGUGUGAACUAAUUAUAAGAAUUUGU